GUCCUUUGUCAAAGUAAUCCCUGGUCAAAAAAAUAGGUUUUGCCUCAUGCCUGUAUUAAUUCUGAAAUUAAGCAAAUCAACAGUAGGGAUGUUUAAGAAAAAGAGUAAGCGGUUAAAAUAGGAGUAAUAACAUUUAAUCAAUAAUAUAAGGAGUGACAAACAGAGAAAGAAUUUCAAACUCCAGUUAUGUGCAGCUUAAUUCAGUUCUUUUUAAAAUGGCAACUUUAUUUUGGCUUUUAAUCUGAAUUUGAAUGUUGAUGUUCUGCUGCCUGAUGUCAUGAGGUUAAGUUCACUUACCUUUGUGGCAUCAGGCAGAUCAAGGGUUUUUACCUUUUUGAGCCAGAAGUACAAGGGAUUCCAUAGAAACCAGAGCAAAAUAAAACAGUUCUAUUUUCUCCAGCCCUGGUUGAGUUAUGAUUUACUUGGUAUAAUAUUUAGAGCAAAGACAAAAGAUGUAUUUUCUCUUAACUGCCAGUGUUGGAAAGGGCUGUGGGAAAGGGCUGUCUCAACUAAAUGCACUUUGUAAUUUGUAUACUUUUAAUUUUAAUAUAAUAUAACUUUUUUGUUUUCAACACAUGGUCACAUUUCCCUUGUUCUCAAACCAUGAAAAUAGAAGAUACGCCAUAUAAAUGUUUGGAAUGUGGAAAAAGUUUCUCUUGGAAGUUUGACCUUGUCUAUCAUCAGGCAACUCACACAGGAGAGAGACCGUUUAAAUGCCAAGAGUGUGGAAAGAGCUACAGUCAGAAGAGCAAACUUAUUAGUCAUCAAACAACUCACACAGGAGAGAAGCCAUUUAAAUGCUUGCAGUGUGAAAAGAGCUUCAGUCACAAGAAUGUUCUUAUUCGUCAUCAGGCAACUCACACAGGAGAGAAACCAUUUAAAUGCUCAGAGUGUGGAAAGAGCUACAGUCAGAAGAUCAGCCUUGUACGUCACCAGGCAACUCACACAGGAGAAAAGCCAUUUAAAUGCUUCCAAUGUGGAAAGAGCUUCUGUCAAAAGAGAAACCUUAUUAGUCAUCAGGCAAUUCACACAGGAGUAAAGCUAUAUAAAUGUUUCCAGUGUGAAAAGAGCUUCAGUCAAAAUAGCAACCUUAUUAGUCACCAAGCAACUCACAGAACAGAGAAGCCAUUUAAAUGCUUGCUGUGUGAAAAGAGUUUCAGUCAAAAGAAAGGCCUUGUUUACCAUCAGAUAGCUCACACUGGAGAGAAGCCCUUUAAAUGCUUGCAGUGUGAAAAGAGCUUCCGUCAAAAGAGCCACCUUAUUAGUCAUCAGGCAACUCACACAGGAGAGAAACCCUUUAAAUGCUUGCAAUGUGAAAAGAGCUUCAGCCAAAAGAUCAACCUUUUUAGUCAUCAGGCAACUCACACAGGAGAGAAGCCAUUUAAAUGCUUGGAGUGUGAAAAGUGCUUCGGUCAAAAGGGAAGUCUUAUCAGUCAUCAGGCAAUUCACACAGGAGUGAAGCAAUUUAAAUGCUUGGAGUGUGAAAAGUGCUUCAGUCAAAAGAGAAGCCUUAUCAGUCAUCAGGCAACUCACACAGGAGAGAAACCAUUUACAUGCCCAGAGUGUGGAAAGAGCUUCAGUCAGCAGGGAGCCCUUGUUCGUCAUCAGGCAAUUCACACAGGAGAAAGGCCAUUUAAGUGCUUGGAGUGUGGAAAGAACUUCAGUCGGAAGGGAGCCCUUGUUUGUCAUCAGGCAAUUCACACAAGGAGAAAGGCGAUUUAAAUGCUCAGUGUGUGGAAAGAGCUUCAGAUACAAGUCACACCUUGUUUGUCACCAGACAAAUCAUAGCAGAGAAAAACCAAUGUGGAAAGAGCUGCAGUUGAAAUACAAACCUUUUUAAAUUGUCAACCUACAUGGAAGAAAUGGGGUAGAGGCAAGUUCCAUUUUUUUACAUCAGAGGGGGCGUGAAUCAUUGUGAUAGAAACACUGAGUUAAAAAGCCAUGGCUUUUGGGGAAAAGAAUAACCUGACCAUAUUUCUUUAAUGAAAUAUCUCAUUAAGCAUAAUUGAUAAUAUUUUGAGAGCGAAAGGAAGGAUAUUUCAGGUUCCAUUCAUGCAUACUUUUUACUGCAAAUAUUUCCUGCCAUGUAUAUUCAGGGUUAAGAAUACAUUUGAGAAGUUCGAUGAGAAGUGUGGGAAUGGGUUUGAUUAAUGACUUAACAGCCCUGUGUAUCAUAUAAUGGUAUGUAUGUGGGACUGGGUUUUGUUUUAUGAAAUAUCUAAUAAAGCAUAACUGAUA